AAAAUUAAUAAAAUUUUAAUGCCUUAUGAAAAAAUAUAUUAGUUUAAAAUUAUAAUUAUUUUAAUAAAAAGGAAAUUUUAUAAAAAAUUAUUCAACAAAAACUUAAAAUUAUCGAAAAUAAUACCUUGGCGCUUCUCUCAGGUGGAUCAAUACUCAAUCCCGUUUAGUUCCUAUUUUCAAGGAAACAAAAAAAAUUCUUAAUUCUUCAAGAAGAAGAUUCAUAACGAUCAAGUGUUAGGCUUAUAAUAAAUAAAAUUGAUGGUCCACUUGUGCAACGAAUGCGGAAAAAGUUUUAGCACGGCCAGUGGGUUGAAACAACAUGCUCACAUACACAACAGUUUCAAACCUUUUCGAUGUCCUAUUUGCAAUAAAUCAUAUACCCAAUUCUCUAACCUUUGCAGGCACAAACGAAUGCACUCCGAUUGCAAAAAAAUGGGGUAUUUGCCGCUUCCUCAUGGAAACAACGAUUUCAUGCCCGUAAAAAGAGGUAGAAAAAGGCGGUCCGUAUUACCCCAGGAGAUAAAAGCUUAUGUAUCUUAUUCUUCUCCCGGGAUUAUGGAGCCUAUACCAGAAACUCCAACUUGUUUUUACAAAAAUGAUAAAGAAGUUAAUGAUAUAACAAAAUUAGCAUUUAAUUCCGAUAAAAAAUCAAGUCACGUUGUUGAACGUGAAUCACAUGAACACGAGUGGAUGAUUGAUCACCAUAGUCACGAAUUACAUGAUUCUAUACGUAAAGAUAUCACUCAAGAAUCUUUUAAGACUCUGCUUAAAAAUUCCUUAAAGUUAUACAACGUUAAAAAUAAAUUUGCUUCAAAUUAUUUUAAUCGCCUUAAUAUCCCUCCGUAUUAUUACCUUCAUCCUUAUCCUUAUUCAUUUUACUAUUGUAAUUAUCCUAUUAAUACUCAAACUCAACGUUUCUCUAAAAAUUUAUAUCUCAAAAAUAUAGCUCCACAAGCAGCGGAAUCUUCCGCGAAUCAUAUCAACCAAUUAAAGAAUGAAGAGAAAAAAUUUAACGAGACGACAACAAAGUCAGAUGAAAUAAUAAAAACAGGAAAUAGUUUAAUAUCGCGGGCAACAAGGGGUAUGAUUAAAAAAAAAUUUGUUUUAAAAGUCAAACGAACUUGGAAUCAUUCAAAAAAGAACGGUUACAAAAAAUCACUCAAAAGAGCCAUAUUAAUUUUGAAGACCAAUGGUGUUAAAAGAUACAGUCUUAACUACUCACCAUUAUAUUCAAAUUUUUUGAGUUCUCGUCAUUCGUCGAUAAUCAAAUUGGAGUUAUUGCAAGACAAUAAUGAACUAAUUGGUUGUAGCUACUCGCCUAAUCCUAAUUGUGGAAUCGGUAACAUACAGAUGACUACAAAUGGGGAUAACCAGGAAAUAAACACCAUUAGUAUUCCAAAUAUUAACUCAUCCUCUACAAUAACUUUAUCUAACAACGAUAUUCAUAAUAAUUAUUUACCAAAUUUUAGUCCAUCUUUUUCGAAAUACAUUCCAAAUGAUGUGACGAAUCGAAUCUCAGUUGAAGAUUAUAAGAUAAAGCAUACUUCACAAAAUUUGGGCGAGAAAAAUAUUGUAAAGUUUAAUAAGGAAUACGAUGAUUAUGAAUAUAUUAAAACUUCUUUAUGCAAUAAUAAUUUUAGAAGUUUGAUGGUCAAUAAAAUACCAAAUUUAAAUCCUAUUUCUAAGAUGUAUAUGCGGCACGAUAUCGAUGAAUGGAUAAAUGGGACAACUUUGAACUCGAAUGAGAAUGGCAAUAUAUAUUCCAAUUCAAUUUUCCCGAUAUUUUCUAAUCAUAAGCUGAAAAAUAAUAAUAGAGGCGAAUUUAGGGAUGAUACUUUGCGUUCAUUUGACAAAUAUAAUUAUGACUCAACUACGUAUCCAAUAAAUUAUACGUAUUAUCCUAACAUAAUAGAAAAUAAAAAAUUAAGAAAAGUCAGCUCAAAAAGUUCCCCAGAUGAAAAAAUAAGAUGUAGUAGCUCACAAUAUACCCGGUCUUCUAAUAAUCACCCACUUAAUCCAGUCGCAAAUAGAAUAAUUUCUCAGGAUAGCAAUAAUUUACCUUUGGACUUAUCCACAAAAAAGUCUGAUUCCAGUCAAAUUUCCACAAAGCAAUAUAUAAGUACAUCAAAAAAUCUUUAUGCUAUAUUCCCACCACCGACUCUUAAUGUUGACUCGUUUGAAUAUCAAAUGCAUCAAAAAUAUCUCAACGCUUUACCAUUAAAUCCCUUAAAUUUGAAUGAAAAAUCGGUCACUUUUGAUGGCCACAAAAAUUGCUAUGAUAAACAACAGUUCACUAAUGCUAUAUGCUGCCACAAUAAUCACAUUGAAAGAUGGAGAAGGAGCAAUCAUAAAAUUAUUCCGACUUUACCUACACAAGGUUACUAUAAUAACCUUCCAAAAAAUAAUUUUCCGCCGUUACAACGUAAUAAACCAAUUUUGAAUAAUAAUAAUAAACCACCUUCCAUGCUGGAUUAUUAUUAUUUUUAUCACAUGCAAAAUUUAAUUAAUAACAGAGACAUCAAGACUCCUUAUUCUCUAAUUUCAAAUCAAAAAAACAAAUGCCGCUGGGGGAAAAAAAAUUUAGAAGAAAAAGAUCACAAUAAAGUGCUCGCGAUUAACGCUUACGAUUUUGACGAAUCGUUAUUAACUUCUAAUGAUAACCUAAUGUCAAAGAAUGGAUUUAAAAAUAAUUUUAAGAUUGAAAACUUGAUAGAAGUUCUUACUACUUCUUCCAAUCUAAAUUCUACAGCCACUAACAAAGAUGAAAUAACUUUUUCUGCCCACACUCGUGACAAUACCGACGAUAAAACUCAACAUCAGUUGGAUAAUAUAUCUGUGGAAAAAUUUCCGUUACACGCAAGUGAAAUUGUCACUCAUAGUCUUAGCUCUAAAAGCAAUGUAGUAGUGACCAGCCAUUGUUUAGAAAAAUACAAUUGUUGUUAUUGUGGAAAAAUAUUUCCUCGUUCUGCUAACUUAACUAGACAUAUAAGAACUCAUACCGGAGAACAACCAUAUAAAUGUCAAUAUUGUGAGAGAUCCUUUAGUAUAUCAUCCAAUUUGCAAAGACAUAUUAGGAAUAUUCACAAUAGAGAGCGACCUUAUCCAUGUGGCAUGUGCGGGAAAUCUUUCGGACAAUUUACUAAUCUAGAAAGACACCUGAAAAAACAUGAAACAAAUAUUCUACAUGAAAACGACGCCUUAGAGUUAUAUUAAUUAAAUAAACGAUUUUGACGAAGGCAAUGAUGAUCUCAAGACCGUGAAUAAUAAUGAUAACGAUUCCGGGUUCUUUA